AUGAGGAUGAAUCUUCACUGCAACAGCUCAUUGACAGGGUCUGCAUGUAAACCGACAAGUGAAGCAGAUAAUGACAAUGAACAAUUUAUAGAAGCUGAUUCUAGACCAGAGACGGAGGAGAAGCAUUCAUCUGGCUCAAACAUGGCUGCCAGCAACCUCCCACAUGUCAUCAACCUUAGCAACAGUAUCAUCGGAGUCACCAUUCUGGCAAUGCCAUUCUGUUUUAAACAGUGUGGUAUACUGCUGGGAGCCGUGCUCCUUUUCUUCUGCACCUGGUUGACUCUGGUAUCAUGUCGCCUACUGAUGAAGGCUGGUGUAACAUCACGGCGGAGAUCCUAUGGAUUUCUGGCCUACUACACUUAUGGUGCCCCAGGGAAACUAGCUGUUGAGAUUGGGAUGAUCGGGCUACAGCUGGGGACACUGAUUGCCCAAGUAGUCAUUAUUGGUGACCUUGGUCCUGCCAUUGUUUCAAAGUACCUUGGACUUGAGAACAAUGGUAACCUGCGGAUGGGUCUGAUCUGCUUCCUGUGUCUGUGUGUGGGACUACCUCUCGGUCUGCUGAAAAACCUUAAUACUGUCAGCAGAGCUAGCACCUUAUGUAUUCUCUUUUAUGGAUUUUUUACUGUUUAUGUGUUCACAUUGUCCAUUCCAAACCUGAUAUCUGGUGACUGGAUUGACAAAGUCAAUCUCUGGAGGACUGAUGGAUUGUUCAAAUGUCUACCCAUCUUUUCCUUUGCUUUUGGUUGUCAAACGCAGCUGUUCAUUAUGUACGAUAACCUGCCAGAGCCGUCACUGAAGAGUGUCAACAACAUUGUACAGAGUGCUGUCAAUAUGUGUACAGUCAGCUAUCUGCUGACUGGAUUUUUUGGCUACAUUGCUUUCCAUGAUGUAGAUAUCGGUGGUGACAUUGUAACAGACUUUCAGGUCAGUUUGUUAUCCGAUGUUCUCAAACUGGGAUUUGUCAUCUCCAUUGCUGUCACCUUCCCUCUCAUCAUCUUUCCCUGUAGAGGGAGUCUGUACACACUACUCUUCCCUCAGAAACAAAAGCAUAAUGAUGAUUUAGAGAAGAGACCUGUUAUACCAGAGCUUCAUUUUAAAGUCCUCACUACUUUUAUUGUUGUUGGUUCAAUGACCACGGGCAUCCUAGUCCCUAAUGUGGAAUUUGUGUUAGCUAUGAAUGGUGCUACAAUGGGAACCCUCAUCUGUUAUAUAUUCCCUGCUGUGUUCUUCCUACGAGUGAUGACAAGUUCAUCGGACGGAAAACAGAUUGCACAAGCUGUGUUGAUUUUUGGAUGCUUGAUUAUGGUCCUAUGUACAUUGACAACCUUGAAGUCCCAAGAACAAGGUCAGGCAGUUGAUAUUGUUGUGAAGGAUGAGACGGAAGAUAAAGGCGUACCUAUAAUAUCUGAUAAAGAAAAGCCCCUCCAGCCCCCAGUCAAUAUAAACACUCAAGACAAACACAUCCUGAAGGAUAAACCUCCUGACAAAAUGGCCGACGAUGGCAAAGUGGAUGAUAUACUAGAUAAAGAUGAAAAAUUGAAAGACAAGCGUGUGGAGCCUCCAAAUCCUAGAGCACCUUCUGAGAAUGACAAUCUAGACAAGCAAGAUGUUCAGAAGCCUCGAAUAGAUUCUGAACUAAACAACAAAAAAGACAGUGACAAAGUGGACAAGAAGAAAAAUGAAAAAGAAAUAAAAAAAGAUGAACAAGAACUGGGAGGACAAGACCAGUUACAGAAGGUACCUGUUGUAGAGAAGGAGUUAGGGGCAGAGCAAGGUAAAGAUAUUGGUCAGGGGAAGGACACAGUGUUAGGACAGGAAGUAAGGCAAGAAGGAGAUAAGGAGAACACAGAGGACAGGAGAGAAAAGGAGAAGGCAGAAGAAAGGAAGAACAAGAAGCAGGAUGAAAUCAUCAAUGAGCUGGAAAAACAACGUGAGGAACAGCGGGAACUGAUCGAAGAACAAAAGGAAAUCCUGGCACAGCUCAAAGAGCAUGAACAGGAACACAAACAGAUUGAUGCAGAGAAGCAGCAAGCUAUCAAUGGAGGACAGCCUGGUCAACAGUUAAAUUUGAAACAAGGAAAUGGUGGCCAGCCAAUUGGAGGAGUUCAACAACAGCAAGGCAUUAAUCAGCCAGUGGGAGGAGUUAAACAACAACAAAAUAUUAAUCAGCCAGUUGGAGGACAGCAAGUUAUAAAUCAGCCUAUUGGAGGAGUUCAACAACAACAGCAAGGUGGCCAGCCAAUCGGAGGAGUUCAACAACAACAGCAAGGUGGCCAGCCAAUCGGAGGAGUCCAACAACAACAGCAAGGUGGCCAGCCAAUCGGAGGAGUUCAACAACAACAGCAAGGUGGCCAGCCAAUCGGAAGAGUUCAACAACAGAUGAACAUGAAUCAACCAGUGGGAAAAAUUCAACAACAGCAAGGCGUAAACCAGCCAAUUGGAGGAAUUCAACAACAGCAAGUUGGCAACCAGCCAAUUGGAGGAGUUCAACAACAACAACAGCAAGGCAUUAAUCAGCCAAUCGGAGGAGUUCAACAACAGCAAGGUAUUAAUCAGCCAAUCAGAGGAGUUCAACAACAGCAAGGCAUUAAUCAGCCAAUAGGAGGAGUUCAACAACAGCAAGGCAUCAAUCAGCCAAUCAGGGGAGUUCAACAACAGCAAGGCAUUAAUCAGCCAAUAGGAGGAGUUCAACAACAGCAAGGCAUCAAUCAGCCAAUCAGGGGAGUUCAACAACAAGCAGGAGCAGGUCAAAAUACAGGAAAUAUUAAAGAAAAGACAGGAGGUCAAAUUGCAGGAAAUUUUCAACAACAAGUUCCUGAAAAAGUCAAUCUUAAACAGCAGGUUGUUGAUAAUGCUGUAAAUACCUUAGAUAAGAUGGAUAAUAAGCAUUUACCACAGGCACAAUUACCAGAUCAGAAUAAUAUCAGAAAUGUAGACAAUCCAAACAAAGAAUUAGAUUUACACAUUAAAAAGAAAUCUUCUAAAAAACAUAAAAAAGAGCAUAAAGAAGAAGUUCGCCGUCGAAGAGACGUAGCUGAUGAUGUUGAUCCCCACAAAGAUAAACUGGAUGAUGAAAAAAUGAGAAAACCCAAACCACCUAAUGAAGAAAUGAGAAGGAAAAAGUUGAGUGUCAAUGAAAAUCAGGAUUUAGACAUAAAGGAUAUCAUUAAGAAUUUAGAUUCUAUGAAUGACCUCUCUCUUGUUCAUGGUCGGUCUCUGAAAGCAGUCCUACGUAAAAGGUCCUAAACUUGUCUCAUUAAUCUGUUAGUUUACUAGCUAGACUGUAUAACAGUUGACAGGUCUUUUACAA